UUUCAAGCUCUUUCCUGUUCGGGGGGGAGCUGCCGAGGGCAUAUAAACGGUGUAACAGCUCCUCUCAUUGCAUGCUCCCAAGGCAGCCAAGGUCUAAUAUCUGUCGCACUCGGGUCUCCUCUUCCGUCAUCGAGCCAACCGCCCUUUCUUCUACUUUCAACCCUUCGCUGCGAGUCACACUAGGCCCACCCCAUCCUAGGUCUUUGGAGAAGAGCGAGGCCGCCAGUGCCUCUGCAACUCGACUUUUUCUUGGUUUCCUCGCAUCGACUCGCACUCUUGGGACCCUCUUUUCCCACCAAUUAUCCGUAACGAAAGAAGGAGAAGGAAAGAAAAAAAAUAGGACAAAUUGAAACAAUGGCCACCAACAAGGUCGACAAGCUCGCACCGACCGACUCCCGGGUCCAGCACCACACCUACACUAUCCCAGGCUCCCCUCACAACACAACCUACCACUACUUGGUCGCCGAGCCCUCGUCGGGUGCUGCCCCCGUCGCGACCGCCCUCCUGAUCCACGGGUUCCCGGACCUCGCGUUUGGCUGGCGCUACCAGGUGCCCUACCUGGCCUCGCUCGGCCUGCGCGUCAUCGUGCCGGACCUGCCGGGGUACGGGCGCACCGACGCCCCCGCCGAGCUGAGCGCGUACUCGUACAAGCGGGUGAUCGACGACCUCGUGGCGAUCGUGCGGCGGGUGCAGGGCAAGAACGAACCCUUAAAGGAGGGGGAGGUACCGGCGGAGGAGGACAAGAUCGUGCUGGGCGGGCACGACUGGGGCGGCGCGGUGGCGUGGCGCUUCGCCCUCUGGUACCCGCAGCUGCUGCGCUGCGUCUUCAGCGUGUGCACGCCCUUCUGGACGGUGGGCGACACGUUCCACACCAAGGAGCAGAUCGUCCAGCGGCUGCCCAACUUUGGAUACCAGCUGCAGUUCGAGCGGACCGAGGUCGAGGACGCGGUGCAGGGCCGCGACAAGAUCAGGACCUUUCUGAGAGUCAUGUACGGGGGCCGGAGGGCGGACGGGCAGCCCGUCUUUGGCGUGGCCAAGGGAGUGAACCUGGACCUGCUGGAGGAGGACAACAAGAUCGGGGAGAGUCCGCUGAUGAGCAGGGAGGAGUUGGACUUCUACGCGGACGAGUACGUCAAGAACGGGAUGAGGGGCCCGCUGUGCUGGUACAAGACCGCCAAGGUCAACUUUGACGAGGAGCGGCCGCUGUUCCGGGAGGGCAGGACCAAGAUCACGGUCCCGUCGAUGAUGGUGACGGCGACGAGGGACGCUGCCCUGCCCCCGGCCAUGUCGGCGGACAUGGACAAGCACUUCACCGCUCCUCUGGUCAGGCGGGAGGUGAACGCGUCGCACUGGGCGCUUUGGGAGACGCCGGCCGAGACAAACAAGCAUAUCGGCGACUUUUUGGAGGGGAUCCUGAAGAACCAGCCCCUUAAGGCUUCUAUCUAAGGUCGCCACUGACCCACCGCUUGUAGGCGUAUUUUAAGUAGUCGGCUCAACCUUGCCUGGAAACUAGGGUUUUACAUUACAUAUCUUACAGCUAGAGGUUCCUAGACGUGAUCUUCCCUCCGCUAGAGUCAGUUCGCAUCCAAUAUGUCGCUUCUCAGCCAUCCCCCAAGCCCGUCUCGUAGGAUACAGUUCCUCUUCCAUCCCUCGACGCAGUCAUGAGGUGCGAACCUCACCCGUUGAGUCCCUUGCAGCAGCCGGUGGGGGCCAGCAUCCCAUGAUUGCUCAUGACUGAUGAGUCCCUUCUAGCCACGCUCCGGCCGUGCUCAAGCGACUUGCCUCCGUAGCGAGCAACCAAGCGGUUGAGUCCGGAAUCCUCGGCUACGCCCGUAACGCGAAGCCGCCAUCGAUAAAAAGGGGUUUGGGGGGGG